UCGGAAAGGUAUAAAACUGUUGUUUAAAAACCCAAAACCAUACAGUCUUUUGUAAAGACUCGGAAAGAUUACAACAUGAGAUUUGUCAUAGUAUUAGCCCUUCUUUGCAGUUGCUAUGCAGCUGAGCAAACAACUCCAGCGGCGCCACAAGGUGAACGUUUGCCAGCUCAACAUAUUAAGGAUUUUGUAGAGCAACAUAUUAAACAUGUUAAGCAGCAGAUUCCUCUAGUGCAGCAACAAAUUAAGGAGGGAAAACUUAAGGUAGAAGUUGAACAACCUAAAGUAAAUGGCCAACAAGUGCCGCAACAUAUUAAGCAAUUCAUUCAGGCACACAUCAGUCAAGUAUUGCAACAUGUUGCCCAACAAAAGCAGCAAAAACAGUUACACAUUCCCUUGGUAUCCACUCCCACUUUAGGUGUGCCACCAUUUGUGGUUCAAAAAAUUAAGAAACUACAGGAACAUGUUAAAAACAUAAUGCAACAAGCUGAAAGUCAUAUUCCUCAAGUCAUUAGCCAACAAAGAAAACAACAGCAAGAUCAACAACAACAACAAAAUCCUGAGGAAGUUAUGAAAAAAGUUCAGCCCUCUGUGGAAAUUCCCGAUAAAGUUAAUAAGGUGGUUCAACAAGUACAUCAACAUGUACCCCAAGUUGUGGCACAUCAUGUACAAACUAGAGCAAUCAAAGAAAAGCCAGUUACUCAGGUUCCGCAACAUGUUGCUGAUAAAGCUAAAGUUCCCACUCUAGUCGAAGAAAUUGUUAAGCAAAUUCAUUCUCAUGUACCGCAAGUUGUAAAGCAACAUGUUUCCAAGAUUCAAAAAAGAGAAGUACAAGUUCCCGGUCAUGUUCAGGAAAUAGUUGAACAAGUUCAACAACAUGUACCCCAAGUGAUUCAACAACAUGUUGCUGUAGCUGAAAAAAAGGUUGAACAAGAAGCCGUUAUUCCCCCUAAAGUUCAAGGUAUUGUUGAACAAGUUCAUCAACACGUACCCCAAGUAAUACAACAACAUCAGCAAAAUCAAGUCCAUAAGAAACUUGAUCAAGAAUCAGUAAUUCCCCCUAAAGUUCAAGGUAUCGUUGAACAAGUACAUCAACAUGUUCCCCAAGUAGUUCAACAACAUGUUAAUCAGGUUCAAAAGAAAGACGCGCAAGAAACCGAUAUUCCUGCAAAAGUUCAAGGUGUUGUUGAACAAGUUCAUCAACAUGUACCCCAAGUUAUUCAACAACAUUUGAACCAAGUCCAACAGAAAGCUGGACAGCAAAACGUAAUCCCUCCUAAAGUUCAAGGCGUUGUAGAACAAGUUCAUCAACAUGUUCCCCAAGUAAUUCAACAACAUGUUAAUCAGGUUCAAAAGAAGAACGGCCAGGAUACUGUUAUUCCCCCAAAAGUUCAAGGCAUUGUAGAACAAGCUCAUCAACAUGUUCCCCAAGUAAUUCAACAACAUGUCAAUAAAGCUCAAAAGAAGGUCAGCCAGGAAACUGUUAUUCCUCCUAAAGUUCAAUUAAUUGUAGAACAAGUUCAUCAACAUGUUCCCCAAGUAAUUCAGCAACAUGUUAACCAAGUUCAAAAGAAAGAUGCACAAGAAAAACCUGUAAUACCAGCUAAUGUCCUAGGAGUUGUUCAACAAGUUCAGCAACAUGUACCACAAGUAAUUCAACAACAUGUUGCUCAGGUUCAAAAGAGAGAAGUACAAGAGAAACCAGUAGUACCGAGUAAUGUUCAAAGUAUUGUUGAACAAGUUCAUCAACAUGUUCCCCAAGUAAUACAGCAGCAUGUUAGUGAAGUCCAAAAGAAAAUCGGACAAGAAACAGUAAUUCCACCCAAAGUUCAAGGUAUUGUUGAACAGGUUCAUCAACAUGUUCCCCAAGUAAUUCAACAACAUGUUAAUCAAGUUCAAAAGAAGACGGGGCAAGAACCAGUAAUUCCUCCCAAAGUUCAAGGAAUAGUUCAACAAAUCCAUCAACAUGUACCACAAGUUAUACAACAGCACUUCAAACAAGUCCAAAAGAAAAAUGUACAAAUACCCUCCCAAGUCCAGGACGUUGUUCAACAAAUUCAUCAACAUGUUCCUCAAAUUAUAAGUCAACAUGUGGCUGUCGUUCAAAAGAAAGCUGGCCAACAACAAUCUGCUGUAAAUUCUCACAUCCAAGGCAUUGUACAACAAAUUCAUCAACACAUACCACAAGUAAUUAAUCAACAUGUUGCUCAGGUCCAGAAGAAAACUGUGAUUCCUGAAAAGGGUUUACAUCAAAUCGUUAAUACUCAUGUUGUUUUAAAACCAAAUGCCAAGGAGCCCUCAGAUAUACAAUCAAUUACUACUCAAAUUCGUAAAAAUGUAGAUCAAGGAGUACAACAACAAGUUAAAAAUGUUGCCGUUGAACCAUCACAUGUGCAACAGGUCCAAAAUCAAAAUCAUGUUGUUCCUGUCAGAUCAAUGUAAAUCAAAGUUUGUAGGUACUGUGACACAAAUUGGAAAGCAACCUAAAUUUUAUGAACUUGUAAUGUCCAUUAAAAAUUAAAUUUUUGAACCCAAUUAAGAAAUCCAUUUUUAAAAGAUUUUCAACUUCAUAAUGCCAUUUAUUCAUAUCUUCAUUUUAAACAUUUCGCAAAUGUCAUGCAUUACAUACUAAACGACUUGAAAUAAAAAAGAUUAUAAUGAAAAUAAA